AGAAGAGAAGAGAAGGAAGAGACUCCCAGAGAGGCGUCAGAGGAUGACAGAGCAACUGUAGAUACAAUUUGCGUCUUGACGAAGCUGCCGACGGAAGAUGUCGUCUGCCGAUCAUCUCGGAACGUGAGUGACAAGCUGGAUCUUGAUAGUGUGCCGAUCGGCGAGGAGUUCCUGGAUACUUUAACAAUUUUGCAACCACGGAGGACACUAACAACAUGUCUUACCUCGCUCUGGACUCCAACGCCUGGCAGGUAA